AAAAGAACAAGUUUAACUAUGUAUUACUUUUUAUCGCUCGAGGCUCUCAUCUGCAUAGAAUUAAAUAUCACCGUUGUAAACUCCGUAAUUCCCCUUUAUGCUCACUAUUAAGAACAAACAUUUUGUACAUAAUGUAUACAUAUAUACCUACACUAAUAGGCUAUUGCUCAUGCGGAAUUAAGAUUUGCAAUCAUUCGAUUUUGGCAAUAGAACUGAGCAGCAGCUCAGCAGCGGCAUAGGUGCAUUUUUAUAGUUUAAGCUCACGGCAACAUCAUCGUUUAGAAUUCGAAAUCAAAAAUUAAAUAAAAAUUAAGUUGUUUCAAGAAAUCAAAGGUGUUGACCUUUUCUUGUUAAUUUGGAGUUCAAUAGCUGCAAAAAAAGCUUUGCAGCUCAACAUUUGGUGACCCCGACGUGAUCGCCGUGCGUUUUUGGUGGAAUUGUACUCUUCGAUAUUUGGGACAUUAAACUGUGUGCAUAACGCUUUGUACAUAAUAAUAUACUCGUAUACGCCUAUAGCCGAAAAUUUGAAUCCGUUAUUCAAGAGCACGGAACUUUGUGAAACUUGUAGCGUGAUCUUGAAACAGUUAAACUGUUAGCUUACGUCUUCAGCAUAUUUUGUGAGCCGCUAUUUCUGUUCAUUUCCCACGCAACGGUUUCCAGUUGCGAUUUUUCCCGAGUGUAGUACACAUCACGCGCUGCCGAUAUAAAUUCGACUUGAAUCCAUCAUGACACUUAACCCAGCUAAUGGUACUCCAGGUAUCGAAAAUGCUGCUCAAUCAAAUGAACAGGUGGCCACAGAUCGAGUUAGCUUUUUUAAGUUAAAAACAAAAGCAAUAUUCAACCGGCUUGAGCGAAUAGCUGCCGAGAUGGACAGUGAUAAGCUGCACGGGAUGGACGAAUACGCUCUGACGGCACUACUGGACUCAUUGGGGGAACUGAAGUCAAGUUUCAACGGUGCGCACACAAGCUUGGAGGAAUUGGAUUUUGAUUCAAUUUGCAGCGAUCUGCCUGGUAAAUUCGACUCCACUUUAGUUAACCUCAGAUCCACUCUGCAGCGUGAAAUUGGAAAGCGUAGUGCACCUCAGCUAUGCUCCACAUUCAGGGUUUACGCCAAUGAGUCGCAAUCAAUUAUAGUGAACACCAACCGAUCACGCUUGCCGUUACUUACACUGCCAAAGUUCACUGGUGCCUAUACUGAGUGGACAAACUUCUUCUCCAUAUUCGUAUCUGUCAUCGACAAGGAUAGCGACCUUACGCCGGUCGACAAGCUUCAACAUCUACGUUCCUGCCUGAGUGGUGCAGCGCUGGAUACCAUACGUUCUCUAGAAAUAAAUGAGGCACACAUCAGGGAGAUCUUCGGGCUGGGCAAAGCAGAUGGGUCAGUAGGCAGGCUAAUGGAACUAACUGACAAAGUCACCGCUCACAUACGUGCACUGCAAUCGCUUGGGUCCAAGCAGCAAAUAUCCGACUGUAUCAUUGUACAACUACUAAUACAGAAGUUAGACAAAGCGACUCAAUCCAAAUGGGAGGAGAAUUCGCCGACAAACGAACUACCUUCGUGGGACCAGUUAUCUACCUUUCUGGAGAAGCGCUGUAGAACGCUCGAAAACGUCGAACACGUUAUGCAAACACCAGUUGGUCAAGCUGGUAAAUCUGGUAAAAACGUGAGUACCAACCAAAGAAAAUCAUUUGUUGCUUCUGGUGGCUCAGUGGGGGGGGGUGCGUAUUUUGUGGAUCCCAUGAGCAUCUGAUAUACCAUUGUCCUCGCUUUACAAAUCUGUCGCCAAACCUCCGCCAAAAAGAGGUUAAACAACUCGCUCUAUGUCUCAAUUGUCUAAAAAAAAGGUCAUCAGAUGCGCGACUGCAAAUCGGGGUCUUGUCGUAACUGUCAAUCAAAGCACCAUACACUUUUGCACUUUGAGCGCUCUGCUCCAACUGCCACCAGCCCUCAAGGCUUAACUUUGAAAUCCGCUACAGCCCAACCUAAUGCCAUGACUGCAGCCUUAUCUGCCUCGUCCCAGGCCCUUACUUCUCCAUCUGAUGUUGUGCUUCUAGCCACUGCGGUAAUUUUUGUAAAAAAUCGUGCCGGCACUUUCGUACCUUGUCGUGCGCUGUUAGACUCUGGUUCACAGCUGCACUUUAUCACCUCUCGUUUCACAAACCAGCUGCAGCUGCGCAAAACCAAAACCUUCGCUGGAGUAUCUGGCAUUGGCGACGUCAACUUUUCAACGGAGGGAUACUCGGUCGAUCUCGUACUGAAGUCGCGGACUUCUGAUUUCUCGACGACGAUUACUGCUGUUGUCGCACAAACGAUCACUGAAAGUCAA